AUGGUAGGUUUCGCUGUACCUUCUUCGGAAGCCCGCCUCUACACCUUCUCCGACGAGACCAAAACGAAGCUGCGGAAAUUCCGCCUCGGCACCUCGCGCGCGAAAGACCCGCAGGCAGUCAUCUACGAGAUCGAUAAGAAGACGCUCGAGGUCCGACCCGUCGACGACGAGGUGUACAAUGACGUCGGGAGUCUUUCAGAAGAGCUACCGGACCAUGCGCCAAGGUUCAUCCUACUGAGUUAUCCCUUGACACUGGACUCCGGCCGUCUCUCAGUACCCUACGUCAUGCUGUACUACCUUCCAAUCACAUGCAACAGCGAAGUCAAGAUGCUGUACGCCGGCGCAAAAGAGCUAAUGCGCAAUACGAGCGAGGUCAACCGCAUCAUCGAGAUUGACAGUCCCGAGGAUCUGGACGAGAUUGAGGACAAGCUGAAGGAGCAGUGAGGAUUGGCCAGGCAUUCACCCAACAGGCGGCGCAUAUGGCCGUAACGGAGGUAUCGAUCCGAAUAGUGCAUUGACGGCGGGACCGAGCGAUGGGUCGAGCCGACGUGGAUUCGAAAGGAAAGGCCCGAUAUCCAACCCGCAUAAACGUUCCAGUGAUCUGUAUUACCAACUCGUGGGGGCCAGAUCCGACAUAUCACAGAAUACACCGAGUCCACC